AUGGCUUCUCAACCCCCUGAACCCGCAACGAUCAAGGGAUUGCAAAGCUCCAAGCAGGUAGCAUUGUUGGAUGCUAUCGACAACCUCCGCGAGCUGAACAAGAGGCAUGAAGAUUACAACAUCGAUCCACAGUUGAUCGUCUGUGGAGACCAGUCGUCCGGAAAGAGCUCCGUUCUUGAGGGGCUCACAUCCCUCAGUUUUCCUACGAAAGAGGGCACAUGCACCACUUUUGCGACUGAAGUUGCACUACGAAGGGGUACGGAUGUAAGAAUAACGUGCUCAAUCUCCCCAGGGGAAAAGCGGUCCCAGGCACAGAUCCAAGAGAUUUCCAAAUUCCACAAGUUCUUCACUCAACUUGAAGACGUCAACAUCACCGCCCUGAUUGAAGAAGCGAAAAGUCACAUGAUCUUUGGUGCUUCCUCGAACACCUCUUCGUUCUUUGACGACGUCUUGAAGAUCAAAUACGUUGGCCCUGAUGUCCCUCCUCUUACCAUUGUUGAUCUACCUGGCCUGAUCCAAUCUGCAAUCAAAGGAAGGGAAAACGAUGUUGAGCAGGUCCAUAACCUCGUGAAGAGGUAUAUGGAUAACCCGAAGUCUAUUAUUCUGGCGGUGGUCUCCGCCCAAAAUGACUUGAACAACCAAGCAGUCUUCAAGAUGGUCCAAAGAGCUGAUCGAGAAGGCCAGCGGAGUCUCGGUAUCAUCACCAAACCAGACCUUUUGAAUGCAGGAUCGGAGACUGAAGCAACCGUCGUUCGACUGGCCAACAACGAAAUCAUGCGGUUAGAUCUCGGUUGGCAUGUAGUUAGGAAUCGAGGCUGGAAAGAAGAGGAGCUCUCACUCGAAGAACGCAAUCAGAAAGAACGCGAAUUCUUUGCGUCCAGCAUAUGGAAGGCGCUUCCCGAAUGCAAUGUUGGUAUUGAUAGCUUGAGGACGAAACUUUCAGAGUUACUCCUGCGGCAUGUUUGCAAGGAGCUCCCCGCGAUCACCGGAGCCAUUCGAGACGCGAUUGUUGCGACCAAUUCUCGCCUCGCGAGAUUAGGGGAAGGUCGAGAGACUCCGCGAGAACAGCGUUCUUACCUGACAGACAGUGCGGCAAAAUUCCAGUUACUCACACACAGUGCCUUGAUAGGCCACUACGACGGGGAUGCCUUCUUCACGUCAACCUCGGUACAGGACCAACGGGCAAGACGUCUCCGCACCCAAAUCCAGAGUCUCAACAGAGCAUUCGCUCAUAUUAUGUACCACAAGGGGCAUGCUUGGAACAUCGCGAAUGACCUACCAACCUCCGCAAACCUGGGGUCUCCAGCCUUGCAGUCCCAGGCGCUUCAACAAUACGAUGCCCAGUUUGACGACCCCGAGCAGAUUACGCGGGCCGAGCUACUAAAGCGUAUCAAGGAAUAUCUGGAAGAGAGUGAUUGCUCUGGAAUCCCGACACUGGUCAACCCCGGAGUCGUCACGCGGGUCUUUCGUGAUCAGUCUCAACAAUGGGAAUUUAUUGCUGAAUGCCAUCUCGAGCGCGUCUUUGAAGCGGCACAGAAGUAUAUUUAUGCUGCCCUGUCGUCACUUAUGGAUGAGCAAACAUUCCAAAUGCUUCGGAUGGAGUGGGUUGAUCAACGGCUUGAAGAGAGGAGAAUCGCCCUCGAAGCCAAGCUGAAGGAGCUUCUGGUUCCCUACCAGAAGCUGAGCCCAUUCGUAUAUGAUCCGACUUUCAGCUUGCAGAUUCACCAGAUGCGAGCGGAGAGGUACACCGACAACGCGUCCACGGCCGCGCAUAGAGCAUUCAGGUUCGGCUCAAAUAACAGUAGUGGGCCUAGCUUGUUGACGCAAUCCCCCGACGAUGACACGUAUGCGGAGGUUCUUGAUCACAGUCAAACAUACUACAAGAAAGCACUGACGGUUUUCAUUGACAAUGUCGCUGUGCUUGCUGUAGAAAACUGUCUGAUAGCAGAUCUUGCAGAAAUAUUUUCACCGAAAACGGUUUCUGAAAUGAAUGAAGACCUAUUAAGGUUGAUUGCUUCUGAGUCAGACGAAAUCCGGGCCGAGCGCAUCAAGACGGAGAAAACGCUGGCGCGUCUGAAAGAGGGAAAACGCGAGUUAGAAAGGGCGCAGGUCUUUGACACUCUGACAGGUAAGUAG